AUGCGUGACACUGAAAAAAACAUAAACGAAUCUGAAAACUCUGACAUGGACAUGCAACGGUCCCCAUCUGUCAGUGAGGGGGGGACAAGCGCAAAGGAUGUGGAGGGCGAACAAGAUGGACGCGAAGAAAUGCGUGACAGUGACAAAAACAUGAUUUCUCGCCCAGAUAUGCAACCGCCACCAUCAGUCAGUGUGAACAACAAUGCAACAAGUAAUGAUUAUAACACCUUGACAACCAGAUACUCUUCUUUUACUCCGCCAGCAGGUUGGGUCUUGACGAUGAGAAAUACGUGGACAAAGUUGCAAAUUAAAUAG